AUGGAUAAAACCAAACGAAGGUUAACUUACAACGAUUUCUAUGAUAACAAAGUACAGAAGGUAAGGCAUCAUUUAAACGAUGAUCAGAAUACAUUAUUAAUAACUUCCAUUGAAAAUUUGUCCAAUGAAUUCUUCUAUGAAUUAUUCGAUUAUCUUGACGGGUGUAAUAUAUUUAAAGCAUUUUCAAAUCUCAAUCAUCGUUUUCAACAACUUCUUAAUUCAUCAUCCCUUAUAUUUAAACUUGAACUUAAUACACUAACUAAUGAGUCUAUGAAUAUUUAUAAAAAAUCUUUAAUAAUUAACAGACAUAAAAUACUUUCAAUUAAUUUUAGUCUGACAUUUGACAUUGAUAUUUUUUACUCCUUGUUUCCUAUCGAUUCGUCACUUACUCAUCUCGGAUCACUUGUUUUUGAAAGAAUUAAUACAAAUGUACUAAUCUCAAUUCUUGCCAAAUUAAAUUCUUUACCUCGUCUUUUCUCAAUAAAAAUUGGUACAUGCUGGACGUUAAAAGAAUUAAGUAUUGUCUAUCAAUUAAUACUUGCUUUAUCAAUGUUAAAAUAUUACAAACUUUCAUCAUACAACAUAGAUUUAACAAACUCACUACCUAUGAUUGCCAAUAAACAAUUCAGUCCGAUUAAAUAUCUUUUAAUGGAUCAUUGUUCUACUUUUAAAGAACUGUCUGCUAUAUUGUCUUAUACACCUCAACUUUGUCAUCUUAAUUUUAUGCAAACAAAAAAGCUUCAUCCAAAUACUGAUAUUAUCUCACCAAUCACAUUAUCAAAUUUAAAACAUCUUUCUAUACAUGCACAUCAUUUAAAAUUUGAUGAAUUUGAAAUAUUUAUUAGUCAAAUAUCUUCAACAUUAAAAGUUUUAUUUCUUAGUACUGAAUCAGAAGAUAUCAAUUAUCUUGAUGCUAUUCUAUGGGAACAAUUAAUUUUAAAAUAUAUGCCUCAAAUAGAAAAAUUUGAUCUACGAUAUUACGAAACAAUUUAUGAAGAUUUUGAAUCUCCAACAUACUUUAACGAACCACAUCAUUUCUCUACGUCAUUUUGGAUUGAACGGCAAUGGAUAUUUGAAGCUGAAAUCUCUGGUUCUGCUAUCAUAUAUGCAAUUCGACCAUACAAAAAAAGAUGGUAUGAAUAUAUGGAAGAUGAUAUUGAUAAAUCUUCUAUUGAAUUUUCUGAAUCUAUUCGACUUUCAAUUACGUAUAAUCUUCUUGAAGAGUCAUAUGAAUCAUUAAUUAUGGAUAUCAAUCGUGUCUUAAAUGUUACACUGAUUCAUCAUUUGCAAACUCCCACAGAUACGAUCUCAAUUGAUUUAUUAAUUCAAAUUAUACUUUUAUUACCUCAACUUAAUUCAUUAAAAAUGAAUUCUUUAUCAUUAGAUCAAUCAACAAAUGCACAUAGUAAAGAAAUGACAAUGCUUUAUUCGGGAUCAAAAAAAUGUAAAAUUACGAAACUUUAUCUCGAAAUGAUGGAUGAUAUUGAAGAAAUUUAUGUUCUCAUGACCCUGUGCCCUUACCUUGCAUAUUUCAAAUUGAACUCCUUAUAUGAUACGGAUGCUCAAUUGUUUUUACGAAAUAUUUUGGCAAAAAUAACUGAUGGUUACAAUGAUCAACUUCGUUCAAUCUAUUUUCAAGUUCCAGCAGCUGAUGAUGUAAUGGUUAAACGUUUUAAAAAAAUGAUUGAUGAUGAGAAACUGCUGAAUAAUUAUACAAUUAAACGUGUAGUUGAUUACAUACAUUUAAAAGUGAAAUGA